AUGCCUGCCAAUGAUGACCAUAUCCUCACGCUUUCAUGCCCGGACAAGCCUGGCAUUGUCCACGCCGUGACUGGAUUACUAGCCGAUCAUGGCUUCAACAUCCUCGACCUUCGACAGUUCUCGGACAAGAAUUCGCAGAAAUUUUUCAUGAGGGUACACUUCGGCCAGGCAGAUUCGGUCGAAAAGCUCGAUGAGCCCCUGAAGAAGCUUUCGGCAGAAUUGGAGAUGGAUCAAUACGAAUUAAGACCGGCGAGUCGAAAACCAAGGGUUUUGAUCAUGGUGUCAAAGAUCGGUCACUGCCUGAACGACCUCCUGUUCAGGACCAAGACGAAUCAACUCGGCAUCGAGAUCCCCAUCAUCGUGUCCAACCAUCCGGAAUUCAAGACCCUGGCCGAGAGCUACGGCAUCGAGUUCCACCACCUGCCAGUGACAAAGGACACGAAGCUGGAGCAGGAGCGGCAGAUACUGGACCUCAUCAAGCAUAACAACAUCGAGCUCGUGGUGCUGGCACGCUACAUGCAAGUCCUGAGCCCCGGCCUGUGCGAGGCGAUGAGCGGAAAGAUCAUCAACAUCCACCACAGCUUCCUGCCGUCGUUCAAGGGGGCCAAGCCGUACCAUCAGGCAUUCGACCGCGGCGUCAAGAUCAUCGGUGCGACGGCGCACUUUGUGACGGCGGACCUGGACGAGGGCCCUAUUAUUGAGCAGAGGGUUGCGCGUGUCGACCACGCCAUGAGCGCAAAGGAGUUGGUCGAGGAGGGCAGCAACGUUGAGAGUCAGGUGUUGGCGGCGGCGGUCAAGUGGUGGAGCGAGAAGAGGGUGUUCCUGAACCAGCACAAGACCGUUGUCUUCAACUAA